ACAUGAAGAAACGGUUUGCGAGUCUUUUUCUUAUCCUGGCUGGAUUAGCAGUUUCAGGAAUACACUCGGCAGCUCUUGAUGGAGUGAUUGAUUUCUACAAGCUGUACGAUAAUCCAGAGGCUCAUGUGAGUCUCAAGGGUAAAUUGACAACAGCUGAUCGCAUUGCCUCGCAUGGAUAUCCUUCGGAGCAUCAUUAUAUUCCUACCAAGGAUGGCUAUGUAUUGGGCGUAUUCCGGAUCCCAUAUUCCCAUAAAUUGCAGAACCAAAACCAAAAACGACCUAUUGCAUUUCUGCAACAUGGACUAUCUAGCUGCUCCGAUGCCUGGAUAUUGCAAGGACCUGAUGAUAGUCUUCCGUACUUGCUGGCCGAUGCUGGCUAUGAUGUCUGGAUGGGAAAUGCGCGAGGCACAGCCUACUCUAGAAAUCACUCGACUCUGUCGACCGAAAACCCCCGAUUCUGGCAAUUCAGUUGGCAUGAGAUCGCCAUUUACGAUAUUACCGCCAUUAUUGAUUAUGCUCUUAGAACGGAAAACGGCAAGGAUCAGGAUGCUCUUCAUUAUGUUGGUCAUUCGCAGGGCACUACCGUUUAUUUUGCUUUGAUGUCCUCGCUUUUUGAAUACAACUACAAAAUUAAAACGGCUCACAUGUUUGCCCCGGUGGCUAUAAUGAAAAACAUGGCAAAUCCUUUAGUGCGAGCCUUGGGCCCAUAUUUGGGCCACCAAGGUGUUUAUGCCACUCUCUUUGGGGCUCAAGAGUUCCUGCCUCAUAACGAUUUCGUCAUGUCCUUGUUUUUUAAUAUUUGCCAACCUGAUUUCUUGCUGCGCCCGGUUUGCGAAAACACCGUGGAAACUCUCUAUUCAGCAGGUCGUGUUAAUAUGACUGCAAUGCCAGAUGGCAUGGCUACCCAUCCGGCAGGUUGUUCCACCGAUCAGAUGCUUCACUAUUUGCAGGAGCAGCAAUCUGGAUAUUUCCGGCAGUUUGACUAUGGAUCUAAGAAGAAUCUUCAGAUCUACGGAACCGAAGAGCCUCCAGAGUAUCCUGUGGAGCUAAUUAACUCAGAAGUGCACAUGUGGUACUCAGACAACGAUGCUAUGGCCGCCGUGGAGGAUGUUGAAACAUUUUCCAGCCGAUUGCCUAAAAAGGUGAUGCACCACAUGCUGGACCCAAUGUGGACCCACGGGGACUACGCCCUUAACCGGGAGGUCAGAAAGUACGUCAACGAGCCGGUGAUUGCCAUCAUGGACGAGUACGAAGAAAAGUACGGUGGGGUGUGAUGGAUUGCUUUUCUAAUCUCAAGGAGAAUAAAUGCCUAUUAUAAUCGGAUUUAUUUUAAGUUCAGUGAUAAGCUUAUCAAAAAUAUUUUUAAG